GUAAUAUCGUAACCUGCAAAGUAACUACGACGUAUAAAACGAUACAAACUUGACUUGAUAGUCAUUUGUUUAAUAACUAUCAUACCUUAAAAGUCUGCAUAUUGUUUAUGCUGAUAAAGAUGCAUGCAGCAAACUGUAAAUGAAAAUCUCGGUAUGCAAUAUUGACAAUCAUAUGAUCGCCCUGUCAAUCUCUUGUGUUGGUGUUGUGCGCGGGGCUGGUGUCAGUCAGGGCGAAUCGUCCAUCGGUUUAAGACGGGACGGUAGGCGCGAGCCGCGUAGGAUGUCGACGUUAAAGUAAUUCCAGGCAAAAAGAGCGACCCCGUUGGAACCAUCGCGACGACGGAGCGCACCACCGCCGCCGAAGCGCCAGCAUGGCCGGCGAGGCGUGCACAAGCGGCAACCGCAAGCGGAGCAAGCUGUGCCGCCAGGGCUCGAGCAGGUCGGGCGGCAAAGACUCCGACAUCGACACAGAUCGCUCGUCGGUGGGGCUUGCCGGCGCGCAGACCACGCGGGGCGGCAUACGCGUGUACAAAAUCGUCGUGCUCGGCGACGGCGGCGUGGGCAAGUCGGCGGUCACGCUUCAGUUCGUCAGUCACAGCUUCUUAGACUAUCAUGAUCCCACUAUUGAAGAUUCAUACCAGCAACAAGCAGUCAUUGAUGGUGAACCUGCACUACUUGAUAUCCUAGACACAGCUGGACAAGUGGAAUUCACUGCCAUGCGAGACCAAUACAUGCGCUGCGGCGAAGGUUUCCUCAUUUGCUACAGCGUCACCGACCGCCACAGUUUCCAGGAAGCGCUCGAAUAUCGCAAACUGAUCCAAAAGGUACGCGCCUCUGAAGACACGCCACUUGUACUCGUCGGCAAUAAGUUCGACCUGGAGAUGCAACGCAAGGUCACAACCGACGAGGGUAAAUCGCUCGCGCGUCAAUUCGGCUGCCCGUUCUACGAGACAUCCGCCGCGCUUCGCACCUACGUUGAUGACGCCUUCCAUACGCUGGUGCGUGAAAUCCGCGCAAAAGAGCGUGCGAAACUCGGCCUGCCAAACAGCGAGCGCAAACCGCAUCGCCACAGCAAAUGGUGGCGGCUGCGGAGCAUAUUUGCGCUCGUCUUCAAACGCAAGCGCCAUCAUCAGGGCAAUUCCUAGACACGCACGUAAAAUGUGUGAUUGAAGUAAGCACAAGACAAGACAUAAUAUUAUAGAUUUUAUGUUCGAUUACAAAAGCGGGGAACCAGCGAACAAAACUGUUAAAAUAGUGUUCGAACUUCCAAUUAUGUUCAAAAUCCAAAUCAUUCCAAACUGCUAGGGGAGGUAAAAUGGUACUACUUAUUGAUGAUUACCUAACGAGAUAAUUACUCUACUAAAAACGCAAGUACCAUAUUAAUUAAAGCAAUACUACAACAGGCUGACGCACGCCUCGCUCUUCAGAAUGACGCACAAUACGACAGUUAUUAAUUUUAUUCGAUUAUUUGAUCAAUAAUGCCUAAACAAACAUAAACUAAAAACGGAUUAUCAAUGUUUUCAUGUGCACUACAAUCAAAUAAUCUAAGGCACAGGAAACAAAAACGCAAACAAACCGACAAACAAUUAGUUCAAAGAAGUUAUUAUAGUGAUUAGCCUUGGUAUAGAUGAUUGAACGACCAAUUAGACGACUCUAAUUGAAGAUGAUUUUAUUGAAUAAUAUUUAUUAAUCAGAUUUGCUGGACCAGAUCAGUGUUUCGCGUGCAAUACUAGUCAUAGGUAACGGUUACCUUGAAACCAUUAUAUCUAUUCAAAUGUGUAUAUUGUCGUUGAAGUUUUAUGAAUUCGACUUUAUAUUGUUUUCUCACACAUAAGUAAUCGUGUCGAGUGUGUGGAUGUGCAUGUGAAUGUGAGUGUGAAUGACGAGCAAUCUGCGAAGAGAUUCUAUACAGAGUAUAAAUUCUAUUUAAUUGUUGUUAAGUGUCUGGGACAUUAUUAUCAAAUUUUAUUGAACCAUUCGAAUGAGAAAUAUUGUUAUAUUCUUGCAUAAUCGAAAUCGUUUAGUAACGCAAAUGCCAAAGAUGUGAAACGAAACUUGCAGUGCGCUUGCGAAUGUAAUCAUCAACUUCUUGUACUACUUCUGAGUGCUUUCACGCGAGACGUGGGGCAAAACGACGCAAUAAUUCGAGCAGCUGAACUUAAACUGUCGAUAACAUCUAUCCUAAACGACUAUUUACAAUCGUUUUAUACUUUUAAGUUAUCUACAUCUUCUUAUGAACAUUUCCCGAUAUUUUCAUUAAUAUGUUACGAAGCGCUUAUCUCGAAAUUUGAUUUUUAUGCGCAAGGGUCACAUUCGGUGCUAGGUGUAGACGAAGGACUAAAUUUUUAUUUAAACAUGUUCACGCAAUUUGUUUGAUUCUGAUAAACAAUCAAAAUAAUAAACCAAGUAUCAUUUUACGCAUUUAUUAUUCCAAUAUUAUUUUUAUCCUUCGUCCAGGUCUAUCACAGAAUGAAAAGGCAACUUUGUACAAUUCUUAUACUGUAUAUUUUUAAAUUUUAAACUAACGCUUGAAUCAAACAAAUGUUUCAUCCAAUUAUAAUGAUAUUAAAAAGAAAACCUAAGCAAACUACGAAACAGGGUUUUAUCAAAAAAUAUUCAUUACUUUUAAUGUUCAUCUAACGAAAACCCAUGACGCUCAUUCAUUCAUAACGCAACGCAUUUGCAUCUUCGAUUAAUGGCAAUUAAAUGUGUUGAGGGCAGGAGACAAAAGCAAAUAUCACUUACUAAUCCGCGCCUGAUAUCGAAUGAAUCUCAUGGUGGGUGCAAAAAGUGCAAUGUAAUGCACAUUCAAUCAUAACCAAAACGGGUAUAACUUGUUCAACAUUAACAUGCAAAUAAUAUUGAUUGAUUGAGAACAUAAAUAUUGCAAGAAGCAAUAAUGUAUAAAUUAAAUCCAAAUCCCUUUAUAGGUGUUAUUCCACUGUGAAUCAAAGUACAUACAUAUAACACGUACAACCUUAGUUGUUCUUUUUAUAUAGUUUCACUGCAUAGUAAAGUGCUAGUUAAUUAGGGUGAAUAAAUAACUACUGAGUAGAAAACAAACAAAAACGGACCACCCCGAAUCACCCAUAACGCCACAUAAAAUAUAUUGUAACAUAUAUGAUUAGGAGAGAGCUAUUAUUAUAGUUGAUUUUUAAACUGGAACAUGCUUUUCAACAUACUUUAUUUUUUAUUACCAUUAGUUGUUAAGUAUUUAUGAAAUGUUCAUAAUUGACUAAAAACCAGCAUUAUGUGUAUUCUUAUUUCGAAUUGUUUACGUAUUAUUUUUUUGUAUUUGUAAAUAAAACCAUUAUUUGUUUAGAAAA